AAUUCAUUGUCAGCUACACUGCCUACAGGUCGUGGUGCGGUGAAAGAAGCCUCACUCGUCAUUCCUGCAGUGUGCACUAUCUGGCAGUGGUUCCUAACAGCCAGAGAGAGACUGCACAGAUCCAGGGAAGCUGCAGAGCACCCGCACCCACCAGAGGAUACACAGGACUACAUUUACUUCCCCUAUUCCAUCCUUUCCCCUCUUUUUCUCUCGUGUUGUCUCUCUCAACUCUGCACUGAGCAUUAUCAGAAGUGCUGGGGUUGUGGGCAGGCUGACCGUCGUCGCAUCUCACCAAGCCACUUGCCACUUGAGGAGAAACUUCAAGGAGCUUCCCUUUCUUCCAGCCUCAGGAUGUUGGAGCUCGGACCUGGAUGGUUGAGGCUGAUCUGCCUGUCCAUUCUGUGCCUGUGUCUCUGCCUGCCAAGUGGAUUGAACGCCAGGAGAGCCCCUAAGAUACCCCGCUGUCCCGCGACCUGCUCCUGCACCAAAGACAGUGCCUUCUGUGUGGAUACCAAGGCUAUCCCCAAGAGCUUCCCUCCUGGAAUCAUCUCUCUGACCAUGGUGAAUGCAGCCUUCACUACAAUCCCAGAGGGAGCUUUCUCACACCUUCACCUACUGCAGUUCCUGCUCUUGAACUCCAACACCUUCACCACAGUGGCUGAUGAUGCCUUUGCUGGUCUGUCUCACCUGCAGUACCUGUUCAUUGAGAAUAAUGACAUCCAGGCUCUCUCAAAGUACACCUUUAGAGGACUCAAAUCCCUGACUCAUCUAUCUCUCUCAAACAACAACCUGCAACAGCUGCCUAGAGAUCUCUUCAUACAUCUAGAUAUCCUGACAGAUUUAGACCUGCGGGGGAACUCUUUCCGCUGUGACUGUAAAAUUAAGUGGCUGGUUGACUGGAUGGAAAAGACCAACACUUCUGUUCCUGCCAUCUACUGUGCCAGCCCCUUCGAAUUCCAAGGACGCAGAAUCCAUGAUCUCGUACCACGAGACUUCAGCUGCAUCAGCGCAGAUUUUGCUGUUUAUGAAACUUUCCCUUUCCACUCUGUGUCAGUGGAGUCGUAUGAGUUCAGUGGAGAUCAGUUUGUGGCCUUUGCUCAGCCUGAGUCAGGGUUCUGCACCCUGUUUGUAUGGGAUCAUGUGGAAUUGGUCUUCAGGAGGUUUCACAACAUUACCUCCCACUCUGCUGUGUACUGCAAACCGGUGGUGAUAAACAACACAGUUUACAUGGUUGUGGCUCAACUUUUUGGGGGCUCUCAUAUCUACAAGUGGGAAGAGGGCCCGCAGCGCUUUGUAAAGAUCCAAGACAUAGACACUACUCGAGUGAGGAAACCAAACUUUGUGGAGACCUUCCAGCUGGAUGAAGAGUGGUACUUUAUAGUGGCAGACAGCUCCAAGGCGGGCUCCACCAGCAUUUAUCGCUGGAACAGCAAUGGGUUCUACUCCCACCAGUCCCUCCAUCCCUGGCAUCGAGACACACAUGUGGAGUUCCUCGAUGUGGGGGGAAAGCCUCACCUCAUCCUCUCCAGCGCCUCUCAACCACCUGUAGUUUACCAGUGGAGCCGAAGCCAGAGGCAGUUUUCUUUCUACUCCCAAAUCACAGAGUUAGCUGACGUGCAGAUGGUUAAGCACUUCUGGGUGAGGAGAGUUCUUUACCUUUGCCUCACACGCUUCAUUGGUGACUCCAAGAUCCUCCGCUGGGAAGGGCAGCGUUUCACAGAGAUCCAGACUCUCCCAUCUCGGGGCUCAAUGGCAGUGUAUCCUUUCACAGUGGGCCCCCGCCAGUACCUGAUUCUUGGAAGUGAUUUCUCCUUCUCCAGGGUAUACCUGUGGGAUGAUCUCACUCAGCGCUUUCAGCCCUUCCAGGAGCUCAACAUGAGAGCCCCGCGGGCAUUCAGCUUGGUAUCUGUCGACAAAAAGGACCUUCUGCUGACUGCCAGCUUCAAAGGCAACACCCUGGCCUACCAGCACCUGGUGGUAGAUCUCAGUGCCAAGUAGGCAUGUUACAGUCAGACAGAAAGGAGGUGUUGCUGAGUAUAUAAUGUGCCAAAUAAAUUAAAGACUGCAAAAUGUUUCAGCCAUGUAACUGAAGAUCUGCUGUUAUACCUGUUGUUUUAAGAGAGGAAACUAAAUAAUAACUAAUCUCUUUGUAUGCACCAUUCCUUAAAAUCUGAAUGAAAUGAUGUGAUGUGAUCAUGUAAAGCAUCACUAACAUGCCAACAUAAGUGUCAUGCCACUAUCAUAUCAUUGCUUCUGUUCUGCGAAACCACUUUUCUAGGCCAAUUAUUUUUGGAAGUAUAAUCUGCUACUUUACUAAUGUGAAAAUGAUGUGCAUGUGUGUUAUUGACUGGACGAGACUGGAAAUUAUAAUUAACUGUAAAACCAUGAGAAUUUUGUAAGUUACACGGUGCAGUUUAACUGUGUAGCAUUUUGCAUGAUUCUGUACAAAAUGAUUUAACUAUGUAAAACAAGCAAUACUUACAUUUACAAAGCUUUGAAUCCUUGAUGAGUUUUUUCUUUAUAUAUGAGAUAUCCUUGAAUCUGUUUUGGAUUUAAUGUUUGAUCUGCAAUAAUAACAUGAGUUCAUGGCUGGCCUGGGGCAUGAGCAUUAAUGAAAAUGUGAAAAUACUUAAGUUUUGCUCUGUUCAUUUUCUUUGUAAUUUGGUUUAAAUAACAUGUUUGUUGAUUUUGUUAUAGUGCCCAAAUCCCUAAAAUAUCCUCAGUUUAUGACAGCGACAGCUAUUUUGGGAACUUGUAAAAAGAGGGAACAUUACACAAGCAUAUACACUUAUAACUGCGUCUCUAUUUUAGAGGCAUGAUACAAAAACUGGGAUUUGUCUGAGCUGUAAUGUGAUCAGAGAAUGUUUAUUAAAGUUCUGAUGCCAACUUGUUAAUGUACAUUCACAAGCUGUAUUGAAUUGUUUCUGUGUACAUUUGCACAUCGAAGGGUGGAAUGGGUGUAUAAAUAAAGCCUGUUUACGGCU